GUAGUAUUGCAAAAAUUUUCAUGCUUCUGCGAAUAAUGUAAGGUCAUGAAAAAUCCACUUUGCGACGAACUCUUGCUUCUUCAGCCAACAACAACUGAUGUAGAAGACUUGUAUUCAUGUUACAUCUCCAACUUUACUUUCAACGCUUUCCUUAUCAUUACCACCGUUGUUUUUAAUAGCGUCACAAUACAAGCAUUAAGAAGGGCUUCAUUUUUGCCAAAACCCCUAAAGACAUUUCUUUUAAGCCUGGCUGUCUCGGAUCUCGGGGUUGGUGUUGUGGCACAACCUUUAUAUCUUCUUUUACUGGUCAGAUGGCUUCAGAAGAACAAUGAAUACUAUCCGAGCUGUGCUUUGUAUACCGUGUAUGCGCUCACUGGCAUUUUCUUUUCCGUGUCUUCAUUUUUCGGUGUCAUGGCUCUGAGUGCGGACAGAUUUCUGGCCAUUCAUCUCCAUCUCAGGUACAAGGAGUGUGUAACUCACAAGCGGGUUGUCUCUGGGGUGGUAACCUUGUGGGUUUUGAGUAUAAUUCUCUCGCUGUUCAUGCUAUGGGUGUUGCCGAAUGUUGCAACAGCAGUGCACACUACCGUUUGCGUUGCUUGUCUUUCGAUCUCAGCAGUGUUUUAUUCCAAGAUUUACCUAGCUGUGCGACGCCACAAAAAUCAAAUCCAAGUUCUACAGGUACAAAAACGAAAACAAGAUGUAAUAACAACGACCACAGAUUUAACAAGAAGCAGAAAAUCAGCGAUAGGUACAUUCUACGUGUAUCUAAUGUUUUUUAUUUGCUACGUGCCUCUGGUAUGUACCUUUGCUGCUACGCUCGCCUUUGACUCAAGCAGCGCCAUAAAGAUAUCUACAAUUUCUUCAUGGACUCUGGUGUUCUUCAAUUCGUCUUUGAACCCCGCUAUUUACUGCUGGAAGUUGAGACACCUUAGACAUGAAAUUAUUGACCUGCUGCCAAAUUUUAUUCCAAACUACAGAAGACGGGAGCCGCGCAUCCCAGUGAGAAAGUGUGAGUGAUUUUCUCG